UUCUGUAAGGAUCUAUUCGUAAGUGAACACAUCAUUUCCUCACUCGUUCACAAUCAUUAAGGACUAUUUUGCUGCAACGGCUUCCAUCUCAAAAGUCACUUAUUCCUGGACCAGACUCCAACAAAUAGGCUGUGUUUUCAUGAAGAAACCUCCGAGCUGCUAACAGUCACACAAAGGGGAGCCGAAGACCUUUGCAACAAGUCAUGCAGUCGUCAUGGAGACUGAUGUUUUUUAUGUCACUUGCUAGCUGCUUUACAGAAUCCUCUGAAGCUAUUCCUGGGAUCCCUACCACAUAUGCUGCUAUUCUACGGCUCAAGUCUCUCAGUUCAUCCUACUCUUCAAGAACCAGGCAGCGAUCAAGCAGUCCUCCUUUGGGAAGCAUCUCCUCACCAAGCUGGCAUGGAGCAGCUGCACAACAACAACAACAACAACAACACUCACCCACAAACCUCUAUCACGUUUCAGAGGCCUUCAAACAUGAUGAGAGUGUGGAUUAUGGGCCAGUGUUUAUUCAGGAGCCUGACAGUGUAAUUUUCCCAGUGGAUUCAGAUGAAAAGAAAAUAUCCCUUGGUUGUCAAGCACGGGCAAAUCCUGCUCCAACCUACAAAUGGCUCCGAAAUGGAACCGAGAUAGACAUCGAAAGUGAUUACCGCUACAGUGUGAUAGAAGGGAGCAUUAUCAUCAAUAAUCCCAGUGAAACAAAAGAUACUGGACAAUAUCAAUGCAUUACUACUAACAUGUUUGGCAGCAUUUUGAGCAGAGAAGCUACACUUCAAUUUGCAUACCUGGGGAAUUUCAGUGGCCGGACAAGAAGUGCUGUGUCGGUGAGGGAAGGUCAAGGCGUAGUUCUGAUGUGCUCUCCUCCACUUCAUUCACCAGAGAUCAUCUAUAGCUGGGUAUUUAAUGAGUUCCCCUCCUUUGUUGCUGAAGACAGCCGGCGCUUCAUCUCUCAAGAAACAGGCAAUCUCUACAUAUCCAAAGUACAGCCCUCUGAUGUAGGAAGCUAUAUCUGCUUGGUGAAGAACACAGUGACCAAUGCCAGAGUCCUCAGUCCUCCCACACCACUAACACUCCGAACUGAUGGUAAGCAAGGUGUGAUGGGGGAAUAUGAGCCGAAAAUUGAAGUCCAUUUUCCAUACACAGUUACAACCGCUAAGGGAUCUACCAUUAAGAUGGAGUGCUUUGCACUGGGCAACCCUGUUCCAACAAUCUCCUGGAGGAAAGUUAAUGGCCCCAAUCCAAGCAAGGCUCGCCUGCGGAAGUCCCAAGCUGUCCUCGAAAUCCCAAAUGUACAGCUAGAAGAUGCCGGGACAUACGAAUGCAAGGCUGAAAAUUCCCGGGGAAGAAAUGUCUUCCGAGGACAGCUGCAAGUUUAUACAUACCCACAUUGGACAGAAAGACUGAAUGAUACCCAGUUAGACAGUGGGGAUCAGCUUCGAUGGGAAUGUAAAGCUAUUGGAAAGCCAAGACCUACCUAUCGCUGGCUAAAGAAUGGAACCCCUCUCUGGCCAGAGAGCAGGAUUGAGAUGGUUAAUGGUGUGCUGAUGAUCCACAGUGUAAAUCAGUCUGAUGCUGGAAUGUACCAAUGUGUAGCAGAAAACAAGCAUGGAGCUGUUUACACCAGUGCCGAGCUAAGGAUAUUAGCUUCUGCUCCAACUUUCCCUGCAAGUCAUCUGAAGAAAACAAUCAUUAUUACCAAAGGCCAAGAAGUUGCUGUUGAAUGCAAACCCCAAGCCUCUCCCAAGCCAACCAUCUCAUGGAAGAAAGGAGACAAAGCACUGAGAGAAAAUAAAAGGAUAACUGUUCUUCCAGAUGGGAGCCUGCGGAUCCUGAAUGCCACCAAAUCUGAUGAAGGGAAAUAUGUCUGCCGAGGAGAAAAUGUUUUUGGUUCAGCAGAGAUAACAGCUUCUGUGUUUGUUAAAGAACCCACCAGAAUAGACUUGUCCCCGAAGAGGACUGAGCUAACCGUGGGAGAAAGCAUCGUCCUCAGCUGCAAAGCCCUCCAUGACCCCACCCUAGAUGUCAUUUUCCACUGGACUCUGAAUGGGCAGCCCAUUGAUUUUGAGAAAGAAGGAGGGCAUUUUGAAAGCAUCCGGGUACUUUCAGGCGCUCGUGCUCAGAUGGGGUCACUGAAACGCAUGGCAGCCCAGACAUGGGGGGAGGCAAAACAUCUUCAGGAGCAGAAGCAAGUAUCCUCUGCAGAUUUAAUGAUCAGGAACAUCCUUCUGAUGCAUGCUGGGAGAUAUGGCUGCAGGGUACAAACCACAGCAGACAGUAUAUCCGAUGAGGCAGAACUUCUUGUUAGGGGUCCACCUGGACCUCCUGGAGUUGUGAUAGUUGAGGAAAUCACAGAGACCACAGCUACUCUUUCAUGGACACCUGGGGCUGAUAAUCACAGCCCCAUAACUUCCUACAACCUGCAAGCCCGAAGUCCAUUUUCCCUUGGCUGGCAAACUGUGAAAACAGUUCCAGAAACCAUCAGUGGUGACAUGGAGUCCGCCAUGGCAGUUGAACUGAAUCCAUGGGUGGAAUAUGAAUUUAGAGUUGUAGCAACUAACAAAAUUGGAACUGGAGAUCCAAGUGCACCAUCCAGAGUGAUCCGGACAAAGGAAGCAGUUCCAAAGACAGCUCCUGCUAAUGUAAGUGGCAGAAGUGGAAGACGGCAUGAAUUAGUAAUAGCAUGGGAGCCAGUCUCUGAAGAGUUUCAGAAUGGAGAAGGGUUUGGUUACAUUGUGGCCUUCAGGCCAAAUGGGACAAGAGGCUGGAAGGAAAAAAUGGUCACCUCUUCAGAUGCUUCCAAGUUCAUCUACAGAGACGAGAGUGUGCCUCCCCUGACUCCAUUUGAAGUGAAAGUGGGAGUUUACAACAACAAAGGCGAUGGUCCAUUCAGCCCUAUUGUUGUUAUUUGCUCUGCUGAAGGAGAACCCAGUGCUGCUCCAACGGAUGUCAAAGCUACAGGAUUGUCUGUAUCAGAGAUUCUCGUUGCAUGGAGACACAACAAAGAAAGUGUAGGAAGACCUCAGGGAUUUGAGGUUGGUUAUUGGAAAGAUAUGGAACAAGAAGAAGCAGCUGAAAAGGCCAGAACAGAAGGAAAUGAGUCAUCCAUCAUUCUAACCGGGCUAGAAGGCAACACACUGUACCACCUGAGAGUAAAGGCGUACAACGCAGCGGGGUACGGGCCACCUAGCAAUGCUGUUCGUGUUGCUACCAAGAAAUCUCCUCCUAGUCAAGCACCAAGUAAUAUUAUGUGGAUACAAGAUGGCUCCCAUGUGUCCUUGGGAUGGGAGCCUGUUAGACCUCUAGCAAAUGAAUCUGAUGUCAUGGGAUAUAAGGUCUUGUUUAGACAAGAAGGUCAUAGCAACAGCCAAGUCAUUGAAACACAGAAAACGUCUGCAGUGGUGCUUCUCCCUGAUGUAGGUGUCUACAUCAUAGAGGUCCGUGCAGUCAGCGAAGGAGGAGAUGGAACACCCAGCUCCCAAAUUAGAGUACCGUCUUUCUCAGGUGGGAAAGUCACAAGUUCUCAGUCAAGCCUACAUACUUUCUCCACAUCUUCAUCAACUGUGACAUUUCUCUUGGUACUGAUGGUUCCUUCAACCUCAUGGUGAAGAAGAACUCUGUGGACCUUUUCUCGUUCAUCUGUUCAAUUGCUUUAGGCCAGUGACACCAAGGAGUGGAGCUCUGCGUCCAUGGGAGAGAAAGAACACCCACUGGUCAACAACACCUAGAAAUGCCUACAGUGUGCCAGGAAGAGUGUUGUGGGUGAAAAAUAAUGUUAACAUAAUUCAUCAGGUUUCUUCUUUUCAAUUUUGUACUAGUCCUCUUUGGGAGAGAGGGGAUGUUUAUUGCCCAACAGAAAAUAUGCAGAUUGUAUGAGAUGACCUUUUAUAAACAAAUGAAAUUCCUGUCAAAUUAUAUUUGCUUUCCUUAUAUAUGUUUAUAAAUUAGCUGACACCCGUCUUGUGUCAUUAGUAGUUUGAACUGUGAUGUCUAGUACAGUACAUCGAUUUUGUUUGAGUUGUCACGGAUUUGUUUUCUUUAAAAAGGAAGAAACCGAUGAACAUUUGCAGUCUAGUGGGUCACCACCAUCUUCUCCCUUCUUCUUUUUUUGUAUUUUCUUUUUCAAAUUGACAGAGCAGGAUAACAAACUUUUCAUCAUAAUUACUGUAGCAAAUGUCUUUUAAAAAAAGAAUGGUAAAUCAAAUUGGCAAAUUAUGGUAAUUUCUGUUACUUUUCCUCUGUUUUGUUUAUAUUUUCUGGGCAUAUAAUGAUCCACUUUUCACUACAUGUUACAUUUGAAGCAGUUGAAUGGAGAAGGGUCAGACCUAUUGUUUUGCCUCAGAUAUUAUCCACUUUAACAAUUGAUGGAGAAAUGUUUUAUUUUUAAUAGCAAGAAUAAUGCUGAUUGAGAAUGCAAAUGGCAAUGAAACUAUAAUCAGAUACUUCAACAAACCCUCCAGUUAGUGCAAACUGGUGGAAGGAGAAAAUGAAUGCAAAGAGACAAAGCUGUUAACCCCAAACAGCUUUCAGUCUUUAGACCUUUAUUUUUUUAGUCCAUUUUUGUAUGGUACUGUACUGUCUAUAUUUGGUGAUUAAAUUAAACGAUAUCAAGAAGCAUAUUAAGAUUGGAACAAGAUCAUGGUGACCAGAUUGUUGUCAACAAAAUACAGAACCAAUCAAAUUCUCAAUCUCAAAUCCACUGGAAUAGCUACUGCUAGGCAAUGUUUCCCACCAUCACCUUUAGCUUUUCCAGAUCCAUAUCUUAUUUUCAAGUUCAACCUGCAACAGUUUUAUGUCUUCUUUUGUUUGUAAUAUGAAAUACUAUUUUCUCAUUCAUUCAUACAGUGAUCUAUCCAUUUUUUCUUUACCCCACUUCCUAUUUUAAUCUUUUUAUUCCCUAACUAAAUGGUAACAGCACAUUUGUCUGAUUCAUAUUGGAUAUUAAGUGAGCUAUCCAUUCAGGCACACUUCAUCAUCUGAAGAUCAGGGCACAAAUUAUUAUGCUGCAUCCACAUGAAUACUCAUUGCAAUGCUUGGACUACUGGAAGAGUGAGGGGGCUUCCUCACAUGGCAGAUAUUAUGGGGCAGAAAGCAGACAGAGCUAUCUGUCCUGAAUCGUAUACCCUUCUUCUAUUAUCUGCAGGUGAAAUUGAUUUGUUACUUUCAGCGGAAGUGGGAAUGUUGUGCCAUGUCCAGAUUCAAUUGCCAGUCUGAUCCAUUUUUGCACCCAGAAUGGCAGAAGAUACUAUCUUAUAAUUUGUCCGACAGCUCAAAAUUACCAUAGCUUGGACUAGAGCUUGGCUACCAAUUCUAGUCCCAAAGGCAUUUUUCAGCAAUUAAGUGUCUAUUUAUUAAUAGAAUGGAACACUGAGAGAGAGAGAGAGAGAGAGAGAGAGAGAGAGAGAGAGAAUAUGUUUCUAUUGCUAGAGGCCUUUUGUGGAAGGAGCAGCCAAAUCAAAAUCUUUCUAUUUGUUGGGUGCACAAUAUAUGUACCAGUGCAUUUUAUCAUAGUGACUGAGGAUAAUGCAUAUUACAGAGAAUCAUACCAAAUGUCAGGGCUGGUGCUACUGUUAGGCAAAACAAGGCUGCUGCCUCAGGUGACCGAUGUUAGGUGUCAUGUUAAAGCCAGUUGAAUGUUCCUUAUUUAAGUUAUGAUUGUAUGUUAUGACAAAGGGGGAAACAAUUGCAUUUCAGAUUUUUAGCCUCAGAUUUCAGGAAAAAAAUGACUUUCCUUUGGUGUUAUCCACUUUGACUUGAUGAAGGAGGAGAGAAAGGGAAACAUGGCAGCUAAAAGUCUUAGAUUAGUCCUGCCCAGGCUUCAAAUUAUAUAUCUCAAAGAAAUCAUUGUUCAUCUGAAUAUUGGAUCUAUAGCACUGGAUAUAUACACUUGCUACUUUGAAGACAAACUUCAAAUACAUUGCUUAGCACCUAGGAAGUCACUUAAGCGAAGAAAAAGUGUUUAGCAUAUAAAGUGUAAAAUUUGUGUUAAGAGCUCAGAUCACAGUUUCCAAGCAUUCUUUCACUGUCCAACCCAAUAAGGCCAACUCUCAAAGCAGUUGAAUGAAUUUCCUUUAUGUUGAUCUCUGAUUUUACAUUUAUAUGCACAUUGCUUCCUUUGAAAGGGAGGAAAUGUUUGAAUACUUUCACCAUUGUGAAACUGAAAAAAAGGCUAUCUUGAGUGCUGCAGAUUUCAGAGGUAAGAUAAAGGCACCCUCUAAGUCCCCCCUUUUAAGGAACAUAAACAGUUAGUCUAAAUAAGUAGAAGCUUACCGAAUCUAUUGAAUAAAAUAUGAAUUAACUUUUAUCUUAUUGCUGCAAGAUGCACUGAGGUUGGUGUACAAGAAGAAAGAAUGCAAAGUUACAAUGACAAUGGGCAAAAUCCCUUACUUGGCAAGUGAAAAGAAACAGUAGAAUUCUCAUUGCCUAGGAAAAAUAUGACAGGAUUGUCCCUUUCCUGGCUGGGAAAAGUGCAAGUCAUAACAUAUAAUGAUUUGACAUCCCAUAUUCAGAAACCACCAAAAACAUGACUACAGAAUGUGAUAGCUAAAAUGUGGUUGAAAACAACCAUUUCAGAACCUUUCCUGAAGACUUUAUGGUCCAAUCAAAUGUUGCGAUGAUUUCUUGAAUUAGAUGUGCCCAACCUUUCUGUUGCCCACUCAUCCCAUUGCUACAGACAAAUUCACAAAAUCAUGCAAUGAGUUGGAAUGGCCCUGGUGACACUAUCAGAAGCCUCAUAUAAUAACUCCAUCUAGUCUGACCACUUCAACAUUUCCCAAAUGCGUUACCUAACAAGAAAGAAACAUAGAUCCACUUAAGAUUUACUUAUGCUAAUUUAUAUGUAAAGAUGUGCAGUCAUAAAAGCCUGUAUCCUACUGUUAGUCCUGACUCAAUUCAACAGAUGUAUGCAGUCAAUGAGAUAAGCCUAUGCAUUGACUUACCAUUCAACAUCUGAUUGUCUGUCUAGUCUCAUUGAAAUAAACUAAUAAUAUUUAGGCCAUUUAGUACACUUAGGGCCUAAAUACCCUAAAGACACCAGAUCCUGUUUGAUCUAAUAUAUACAAUGUAUAUAUACUUAAUAUACAGUAGAUGACAGCACAGUGAGGAAGAGUAUAGGGACAGCACAGUGAGAAAGCAUAUAGGGACAGAAAAAUAUUUGAAAAUACAUCAACAGUUGAAAGAAAGGUUUCCUAAGCGUAAAGAAAUGCUGGAAAGGGUUUUCAUCACACUGAGAAGCUUUGCAUGUCAGAACUCUGCAAAAACCCCAUAUGUGUGGUGCUUUUGUACAUAAACUGUAUUUGCUGUGCAUAAAGUUGCAUUUUCUCUGUACGAAUCCAACUUUCUGCACAGAAAGCAAGGCUCUAUGUGCAGAAGAAACAGUUUGCUACACACACACAAAAGUGGGUAUUUUUGCACAGAAAACUCCUUAACUUCAUAUAGUCUCAAAAUGGUAUCAAUUUCAAGGACUUUCUAAGAAUAGGAAGGAAAUUGACAAAAUGACUCACGCCUUCCUUUGGAAAUACAAUGAGCAAAUAUUAGUAUCCCAUAAUAUAUGACUACCCGUUUGCUCCCCAGGUGUUAAAUUUAGAUUGGUAGUCUUAGGACCUAAAGCCUAAAAGAGAGUUAUAAAGCAGAACACAUGGUCAUUCAAAGUGUACCUGCUGUCAUUUUGAAGCAUCAAGUGACAAAGGUGUCAGGAGAAAACAGGGACAAAGACUCCAGAGUACACUUCAGUCAGGAAGUCCUUUAAUAUGUCUUCACUGAUUAAAUUAAUGAUUUGUAGAUGUUCUCUUCAUCUGCCUAUUGUUGUUUCAAAAUACAUUCUCUAAUUAAUUAGAUUAGGACAGGGUGAAUAUUCCUACCACUUCUACAUGCUUUCACCUCCUGCCACUCCCUAGGUUUUGAACAAUGGUAGCCAAUCAUCAAAGCAACAUGGCUUAUUAUUGUCUUCUAUAGAGAGUGAGGAUUUACUAAGCCCCUAUCUACAUGUCUUACAGUCCCUGGUAGUGCCAUAAAUAAAAUGGCAAGCAUACCUCAACUUUUAAUUAGGUUAUAGAUCUUAAUAGGAAAGGUAAUGUAGUGCAGUGGUUUGGCUAUUUUACUAUAACUCUGGGGAUCAAUGCUCCAGUCCUUGCUGAACCAUGGAGACCCAUUGGCUGAUCUUUGACAAGUCACAGUCUGCCACUCUCAAAGGCAAACAAUGGCAAACUACCUCUGAAAAAACCUUGCCAAGAAAACCCCAGGCUAGGACUGCUUUAGGCUUGCCAUAUGUCACCAUAAGUCCGAAAUGGCUUGAAGGCACACAACAACAGUUUUAACGGCCAAACGUUCACUAACUGUGUUGACCCAACAUUAUGUUAAGUGGCAAUGAAUGGAUGCAGGGUCAACAUCAUGUUAAGUAGCAGUGAACAGAUGCAAGCUGGUACCUUUUUUAUUCAAUCUGUGCAAAUGUUGUACCUUGCUUCUAAUAAACAUUUAUAAAUGUUUAAGUACCUACACAUUGCCAUAUUUGUUUCUUUGUGGUUGAUAACAUGUUGAUAACAUGUCCAUCUCAUGACAACUAUCUGAUGUUAUUGUUUUAAAGGAUUUGAGUGUUGCUGCAGAAGUCUUUCCUUGUUUGUUUUCAUUUUCUCUCAUUGAGAUUGUAACAGAUUAAUUCAAAAGACUGUAUUUUUGUAUAAUGUCAUGAUGAUUUUAAAAGUGAGCAGGAAAAAAUAGAACAACAACCUCGGUUCAGAAACCAAAAUGAAGUCCCAUCUUAAAAUGUGAGAUAUCUUGUAUACAACUGUAUAUAUUUACUAUAUAUAAUGGUAUAUACUAUGUGAAAGACACAGUUCAAUACUGGUUCCUGUCUACUGUUCUUGUAACAUUAGAUCUUUUUAAUAAAUUAUUCUCUUUUUAUUGA